AUGGAUGGCGUAAGUAUCGCUGCAUCAAUUGUGGGCAUUGCCACGGCAGGCGUCCAAGUCUCUAUCAAGCUCGUCACUCUCGCAUCUCAGAUCAGCACCGCAUCAGACCGUAUUUCAUCCAUCGGGAAUGACAUCUCUCUUACAUCAGGCGUACUUCAUCAGCUGGGUGAACUGAUAAACCGGAAGACCACGGACGAUGGCAUCAGUAUCUUGAACCAAGAUGGCCUCAAGACUACGAAGACGUCCGCGGCGAUGUGCGAGAGGAUAUUUCAAGAAGUUGAAAAAGAGAUGAAGAGAGCGAGUGAGCAGCUGAGAAGAUACAAGCCAGGUCAAGGUCGGAUGAGCGGGGAAAAGAUCGAGUUGUCGAUGACUUAA